UUCCUGAUCUUCCUUUGCACCGAACAGGGCUUCAAGAACGUCUACCACAAAGAGGAGUACCACCACAGCAAGAAGUUCUACGACGACAGCGACAAGAAGAAGUACCACAGCAAAUACGACGACUUCGACGCCUACUUCAAGGGCCACAAGGGCAAGGACUACAAGGGAGGCCACUACAAGGGGGGACAUCACCACGACAAGCACGGCCACAAGGGGCACCACGAGAAGGGCAAGUACCACGACGACAACAAGGGCCACAAGGGCCACUACGGCGACAAAGGACACUACGGCCACAAGAGUUCCUACGGCAAGAAGGGAGGACACAAGGGGAUAUGGCCACGACGACCACAAGGGAUAUGGCCACGACGGGAUGGCCAUGACGACCACGGCCAUGGUGGAUAUGGCCACGACGACCACGGCCAUGGUGGAUAUGGCCACGACGACCACGGCCAUGGCGGCGGUUAUGGCCACGACGACCACGGCCACGGUGGAUACGGCCAUGGUGAUCAUGGUGGCUACGGUUCACACUCUGAAGCCAAGCCAGUCGUCGCUUCAGCCUCGGCAGGCGCUUCGGACGCCGCCAAAGCACCUCCAGCCUCCGAGCGCAAAGCAUUUAGCGAAACCUUUGAGCAGUUUGGAGAUUUUGCGAAGUUUGCUUAA